AAUUUUAACUAAAAUCAAAAAGAGUUAUAUUGUUUUGUAUAAAAUAGAAUAAGAGUAACUUAAUUAUUUAAGCUACAAUUUGUUUAUUUUCUGAUUUUUAAUCUGCAUAAAUAAAUAUAGAACUAGCGAAUUAGUGCGAUUAAAAAUUUACAGAUAUACACGUUAUGAUAUGCCAUUGAGAAAGAUGGUUUUGCAUCUGCUGAACCAUGUACGACACAGAGUUUGGCCUAAUAAUAAGAUUUUUUGGGGGACAGCCAAUUAAUAACAUAUAUAUAAGAAAUUCGUAGAUAUAAAUGGUAGCUGUCGAGUAAUGCAUGAGCAUAGAUAUGUAAUCUGUUGCAUAUACGUGUUAUAAGUUGUAUUCUGUGUCUCGCAUGAUGUGUUAGAUAAAAGGAUAUUAGUUUAUUUCACAUUUCAUCAAAAAAAAAAGGAUAUUAGUUUUUUUUUUCCUAAAAAAGGAUAUUAGUUUUUUUUUUUUUGACGUCAAACGGAAGGAUAUUAAUUGUAACGACAAGAUACAUUAAAGAAUAUACAACUAUGGUUCUUCUCGUGUAGUAUUUAUAUCUUAUGUACGUUGAAUAGGUAUGCGAAAUAUCUCAAAAGUUUGUUGGCUUGAUGACGUAUGUAUAUGCUGGUUUUAUUUAAUUUUAUUAUGUUAUUGUGGAUUAAGUCCUCCAUGCAGCUAGGUUGGACCGAUAAAAAUGAAACGAUAAUAUUUGCAUAUAUAAAAAUAAAUAUUUAACACAUUUAUGGUGAUUUAAUAGUAAUUUGAGGUUUCGUCGUGUGGAUGGAAGGCAUUGUUCAAUUCAUUAUAUUAGAUUUUAAUCAUAGUUUGUCCACACUUUUUAGGUUUACAAGUCUUUAAAUUCUGAUAAUUAUCUUCCAGUUUUUGUUUGUUUAACGCUACGUAUAUGUGGUGAAGAGAAAAAGAAAAUAUGUAUGUGUAUAAUAAUUAAUAACACCAAAAUAUAUGUUUUCUUUUUGAAAAAUAAAAAUUGCCUUCAAAAUAAAAAUAUAUGUACUGAGAUUGACCUUAUAAGAAGCUUUUUAUAUUAAUGUCCAUAACUUUCUAUAAUUGCAACAUCGACCUCUCUCUCUCUCUUUCUUUCUUUCUCUCUGCAGCAAUUUAAUUUCAAAAGAUUCCAAACAAAGAGAAUUGAUAGAAAGUGAGAUUUGCAAAAUUUUAUUAUCUUCCUCCUCUAAUCCUCUCCUAUUAUUAAGGCGCAUAUACUCAUCCAUCUAUCUCUCUCUAACUAGCUUCAUGGCUGCUUCGACCAUUCAUUGACUUCUUGAUCUCUGGUCUCCAUCUAACAAGUAAGAAACCCUAAUUUAUUCUUCUCUCCUCCUUCUCCCCUCAUGUUGAGAUCAUCAGAAACGCUUCGUCUCCCUCAUCUCCUGCUGUCUUUGGCUAUUCCGGUCAUCAGAUUCUGCCAUGGUUCCUGAUGCUGAAUCCUCCACAACGCUUCUUCUUUCAUGUGGGUUUUCUAGUAGUUUCGCUUUUAUGAGGUUAUUACAAAGGGCUCAUCACUUCUCUGCCGUCUCUGAGGACGACGACAACGAAGACAUUCGCUUAGGAUCUGAUCAUCAAGUAAAAGAUAAACAUCACCAAGUUUGUAGGAGAGAUUGUAGUUUCAUGGCCGAUCAAGAAGAGCCGAGGAGUACAACUUCUAGGUUAAGCUCCAAGGAAGACGACGACAACAACAAGAAUAAUACCAUCAACAAUGAAGCGGAAGAUCAUGAGAUGAGACAAGAAGGGUGGCUCCGGUUAAGCACUGGCCACGAGGAUGAUGUUAAACUGAAUAUUGACCAUGUGCAACAACAUCAAACCGAUCCAGCGGAUAGGAGAGACUCUUUUCUAGAGCUUAAUCUUUUCUCUGGCGGUUCGAAUAGAGAAGAAGGAGUUGGUCUUACAUCAAUGUCAUCUCUCUUACAUCAUCAGCAUCAGCCAAGAGGGAUGAUGAUUAAUCCAUUGAUGUUCCCUACCAGGCCUGAUCAGGAGAUGAUUGGUUCUUGGGCGGCUGCCUUUAGAACGCCUUUUGUCCCACAAAACCUAGUGCAACCAUCAUCAUCAGCUGCUUCUUUGAUGCCCUUGCUAAGACCCUACUUUGGCCGCUCCAAUUUUCAGCAGCAGUUAAUAGGGAAUAAUAAUAAUAAUCCGGAUGUGUUGGCUGGUCCAAGCUCGAGUUUUCGAGUCAUUGAUCCUCCUAGACGACCCCAUUCCGGCGUUUGGUUCCUCCUUCAAGCUUCUCAAAACCAGACAAGAGAACCAUUCUUGCCUCAGAUCCCAAAGAGCUACUUGAGAAUCAAGGACGGGAAUAUGACUGUUCGACUAUUGAAAAAAUAUUUGGUGAAUAAGUUGCGAUUAGAGCACGAAUCCCAGGUAUUUUUUAUUAAUCUCAUCAACUCUUUAAUUUCUAGUAAGUAUUUCUUUAACUCUAGUGUUCUAGAUUCUAUGAACACAUUGCUUGCCGUAACUACAAUCGUCUAAGUUGUUUUCAAAAAGAAAAAAAAAUCUAAAACGUUACAUAACUACUUUUUUGAUAAAGGAAAUUUAUGUUACAUAAUUACUUUAUAAAGCAUAAAGAGGAUAUGAUAAUAGUACGACAAAACAUAAAACAUAUAGUAAAAGAGAAGAAGAAAUCGUGGAGAGGGUACAUUCAUGGGGGUUGGUGUACUGAGGAACAUGACAAUAACAUUGGAACUAGAUUGCCUCAAAAGUGUCUCCAUGUUAAUUAGGUCACAAGUAUAUGUCGUUGCUAGGUAUAAGCCGUUUUGUUCUUUCUUUGUUUUAUAUGCUUAUUAUCCAUAAAUUGAUUUUCAACCUUUUUGAGUUUGUCUUACUUGCUCCUUUUUAUAGUUUAGGGGUAAUUGAUUAACGGUCGGGCCACUAGUUAGUGCCUAGUGUGAUCAACUUAAUCGUCAUGAAGAUAAGUGCACCAACCUACUAAUUUAUACACAAAUAAUAGUUUAAUUUAGGAAACCGAUUCCUUUAUAAAAAUAUUUUGUGCUUGCGCUUUAAAAUGUUUUGAGUACAUUUUAAAACAGCAUACUUUGGAAACUAGAAACCCGAACUUCCAAAAACAAAACGUGUUUUCGGUAGGUAUAUAGUUGGAAAGAAAAAUUUAGCUCAUCCGUUUCCUAUACAUACGCCUAUUCUAGAACCAAUUGUGAAACAUUUUCAAAACACUGUUUCCUUUGAAUUCUAGAAUAUUGUGGGGAUAAAUCACAUCUACAAAACUUUCAUAUGUAUAAAUCAUCAGUUUAUUGUUUUCGGAUAUAUAUAUAUAUGUAUUUAGCUAGUUUGAGAGAUUAUAAACCAAAAUAAUAAUCUCCAUAGCUAGCUUAGUUUGGGUUGGAAAUGAUCUUACUAAUAUUUUUAACUAGUUUGGAAAGAUACUGAUUAUGACUCGUUAGAAAGACCAUGAAGAUAUGCAUACAACAUACCAUCAUAUAAUUACAAGAACAUGACAUAUAUACAUAAAACUUUUACUAUAGCUAUAUCGCACGCUUCUUCUAGAGCUAGUUAUUAUCUCAAAUGAUGAAUACAAUAAAGUAAGUUCUUAUCAUAUACAGACUUUUUUUUAAAGAAAGCUUCAUAUACAGACUUAUUAAAAUCUUAUGAGUCGAAUUCGUGAAACAAAGGGUGGCGUUCCGUUUAUUUUUUUGGUGAAAAUAGAUUUCUAUCCCUAAAGUAGGGAUGUUAACAUGGGUAGUUACCCAUGGGUUUACCCAAACCCACUAAUAAUGGGCUGGGUUUUUACCCAUCUAAGAUUAAUUGGGUCAACCAUGGGUAUUAAUUUUAAAACCCAUAUUUAUGUUGGGUAAAUACAAAAGGGUAAUGGUGUACCCAUGGGUUUUCAAUUAUAUAUAUAGAUUUUUACUAUUUUAAUUAAAUUAUAUAAAAAUUGCAAAAACGUUUUUUUCCGUCA